AGGCUGAAAAUCUCCAAAAUGUCCAAAAAAUGCGUUUUUGGCAAAAAGUUCGGGGAGUCAAUGGGUUAUAUAGUUUGAUGGACAAGUUUUCCUUUAGUCACCUUUUGUAAAAACAAUUCCUGUGACAAACAACAUUCUAAACACACGUUGUAUCUGUAACCUUGUUUUGGAGACAGAGGACCUAGAAAUGUAAUAACCAUACUAAGUAUGUUAUAAGUAUGAUUAUUUGUGUGAUUUCAGGUUCCUCAGUGGGAAACACACAGGCGAUUGCAAAUAGCGAUGAUUCCGAAUUGAUGUCCAGCAGAAAAGAUCAGUCAUUGCAGUUAAUGGAAAGUAGUGAAACUGAAAGUGAAACAGAAGAGGAAGAGGUUGAUGACAAGUUUUCUGAAAUGAUGACUCAUGAUAAUCACAGUGUUACCAAAGAAGGUACUACAAAGAUUCAAAAGGGAAUUGCAAAGAAUACAGGCGUGUUUACAGCUGAUGCAAAGGAAGCAAUUCGUCACAACAGCAACCAACUGGGAAAGGCAAAGGGCAAAGUGUUUCUUCACAAACCUGUUGUCAGUAUGCCAUCAAGUGUGAAAACUCCGUCUCCACAAUCUUCUGCAGGUUUUACAUAUCCCCAAAGAAUUCUGGUGAUUUGUAACCGAUGGUCCUGCUGGCAUCUCAGUGUGUGUACAGUCAACAAACAGCUUUGCCGAAGUUUUGCAAAGGUUGAAGACGAACAGGUUGCAUGUUUGGUUCUUGAUGCAACUGAACAGGAGAGGAUAUCAGCAGCAAAGGACGGGGUGAUCCUUAUUAAGGCUGCUGACCAGCCUGGUACCUUUUCAGGAGAUGAAAAGCUACUGUCUCUUCACACUGAUAUCCCUUUUAAAGUAGAUCUAGUGGUUGGUCAUGGAAUGGUCUCAGGUGCUGCAGCAGCCAUCCAAGCAAAACGAUUGAAAUGCAAAUUACUUCAUAUAUUUCACAAUUCGCCCGUUGAGGAUGAAGAUUCAUUCACAGCAGAGAGAGAGAUAGCAGUAAGAGCGGAUUUUGUAGCCGGGAUUGGCCCGCUUCUUGUGGAGCAGUGGGGCAUGAUCAUUAAUCGUGAGAUAUUUAUGAUAGUACCAGGCAUGACAGAAGUUUUACCGCGAAACAGAAUACCUACGCCACGGAGUAGAUGCCUCAUUCUAGGAAACAUGAACGAUCUUGAUAUGAGUGGUCUUGGGUUGGCUACAGAUGCUCUUGCAUGUUGUAAACGACAAGAAAAUCCUAUUCACCUAACUGUGUUGGGUACGCAGCGAGAAAAGGUUCACGAGUUGAAAGAUGAUCUAAAGAAGCGGUGCUAUUCCUCUGAACUGGAGGUUGUUGUUAAGCCAUCUGAUGUGAAUCGGGAAAUCGUCGAAGUUGAAAUUCGUGGUGUUUCCCUGGUACUCAUGCCGUCACCAACUGAUGGGUUUGGUGUAAUGGCACUUGAAGCUUUGUCUGCGAAAGUUCCAAUCUUAAUCAGUUCUUCAAGCGGUCUUGCAAAGUUGCUCCAAAAAAGCUUUGAUACGAGCUAUUUAAAGUUCGUCUGUAAUGCCAAAGAUUCCCAAAACAGUAUUGAUGCUUGGUCAGAUGCCAUUGAUGACAUACUUCAGGACCGAGACGAGUCAUUCAACAUGGCGUCAUCUCUUCGGGAGAAGUGGAAUUCCAAAUUUACCUGGGACUCCACAGCCAAUGACCUACUUGCACAUCUUGGCAGAUCUGGAGUUUUCUUUGCGCUUUCACCGUCAGCUACGCAACAUAUAUCGCUACCAUCACAGUGCUCAGAUUCAGCCCUGAGGUUUAUGGAGUCUGAGGUAGAUUUGCUGAAUAGAGGUCGUAAACAUGUCUUGUUCCUUUCACCAGAGAAUACUUCAGAUUCUCCAUUUAUUCAGUAUUUUGCCCAGGUGCCAUGGGCUGCAGUCUUUGAUUUUGAUGUGAACAGUGUCGCAACCGGCUACCUUGCAAGUUGUGAGAACUUUUGCGAAAAUGUGGGUGUAAAGAUUUGCCGAAUGCUGCCACCUUUACCUGACAAGGAUCAAAGAAAGAUUUCUGUCAUGCUGCCAAAUGGCAUGCCAUGGCUUCUCCUCGAGGGAAUGCCAGAAAGCAAGCGGAAUAUUAAAGAUAAUUUGGAAUGGAUAAGAGAAUUUUUUAUGGCUCUCGGCAAGGCUAACCCUGGACCAAUCACCUUCAUAGUACUGUGGGGGCCAGUGAAAGAAGCAAAAGUUUUGGGCAAGAAUCUUUCAAAAAUUCUCACAGUAGUUCAGGGCUCAUCCGUCCAUGGUCAAGUGAAGCUUGCCAUCGCAUGCACAGCACCCACAGAAGACAGGGUUCUAGAAGACAUUGCUGAUGACUGGAAUGUUGAAGUACACAUGUUGUCCCUCGAAGACAUUUGCAAUGCACUUUGCAAGUGUGUCAGUUCAUCGCCUUUCAUCCAAGAAAACCGUGAAUUUGCACUGCCCGUGGCAGAUCUGGACGACCCACAACAGGUUUCCUUUAAAGUCUUGCCCCCCAACCGUCGCUGGAUAAAUGCAGAAAUGGAAGUACUGUACCAGUCGGUUGGAAGCACCCCUCAGUUUGAUGAUGAUGAUGCUUGUCAUUUCUAUCGGGGAGGCUUGAUCUCUUGGUAUGCUCUUCGUAUGGGCUACGCUGUGGAACGUGGAAACUGGGCAGCGUUGAAUACAAGGAUUCAGGAGCUUCUUGUGAAGGCUGGGACAAUGAAGCUGAAGAUGCCACAUCAAAGAGGAGCAGGUGGUACAACCUCUGCCCGCAAGAUCCUCUUUGAUUAUCAUGAGAAAUACCCCUGUGUUUUUCUCAAGUCUGUUGGCCAUGCAGAAAUCGCUCCUGCUAUCAAAGUGUUGGCCGCAUUUUGUAGAUUACCUGUCAUUAUUCUCGUUGACUGUAAACACAUUCUAAGCGACGAGUUUGACGUUGACAGUCUGUAUAACAGUCUCUCAAAUGAUAGGAUUCCGUGCGUUAUUCUAGAGGUAAUACACCAGAACCAGCAACGGGAGAGAAUUGUUUCUGCAAGCUUUGAAAAGGCUGAUAAGACUGUCCCAGUUCGCCUCGCAGACGCUCUCACUUCUGACGAAGCUCAAGAGUUUGUGAAGAUUUAUAGUGCCCAGAAAAGGGAAAAACAAGCUGCCCUAAAAUCUCUUCUGAACUCCCGGCAAAGGGAGAUUCAAAUACCCUUUUUCUAUGGGCUGGUCACCUUUGAAGAUCGCUUUACAGGUCUUGAGCCCUUUGUGAAGGAAUGCUUGCAAGAUCUCGACAAAUAUGAGCGGUACAUCCUUCUCUUUUUGGCCAUGACGUAUCAUUAUGGGCACAGUUCUCUUUUUGCAAAUGAUUUUGCCGGAUUGUUGGAGGCACCUCGGAGAGAGGUACUAUCCCUAGAGUUGGUGCUUCCUAAUUUAUCAAGGGAACUGCUUCUGGAAGAAGAUGGAAAAUGGAGGCCGAGGCAUGACCUAAUCGCAUUGGAAAUGCUCCGUCAGCUACUAACACAGCCAGAUGAUGAUGGACUUCCACAAACACAUCCUGACAACUGGAGGAAUCAGCUUGCUGAUAAAGCAAUGAUUUGCUUUACCCAUAUGUCAGAGGGAGUUGUAAGCGACAUGCUGCUGAGCAGAUUUACUGAUGACAACUCUCACCAGUACUUCUCGCAGCUCAUUUCUGAUAUCCCUUUUGAUGAAGAUGCGAUAAGGCUCUUUGAUAAAGCGAUCUCUCUAUUUCCUGACAACCCCUUUUUCAAAGUGCACUUGGGCCGCUUUUACAGUAUCAAAAAGAAGUCAGAUGGCUUCCUCUUGGCUAUUCAAUACACAAAUGAAGGGAUAGCAUGCGCAGAUGACCAUAUAUCUUCUCGUGUUGUUCGUGGGCAGUUUGCACAGAUGAAAGGGGUAGUGUACAGUCGAGAGGUGCAUUACCUUGCGGAAGCAAAUGCUGAAAUCGCGACUAUCAUAGAGAGGGCUGAUGACGGAGUCAAGAAUUUCAGACGUGCAGUUAGCAUUGCCCCUGAUUUGGUAGAUGGUUACAUUCCAGAAGUGCGAAUGAUGGUUAAGGUCUUUGAACACAUUGACAAGACUACAGGAAGCUUCCAUAAAUAUGUCAGGUCUCCUAAUGUACAUCCGUUUAUUAUUGAUGCUAUUUCCAACACUUCCAAUACCCUCGAGUGUGUCCCCGACAGUGAGGCGUAUACCUAUUGGAGGAUGCGUCUGUCAUGUAUUGGCCGGCGAGAAUUUUCACCAGAAAAAGUGAAGGAGACAUUAAAUCUUCUAUUGCAUCUCAGAAACAGUGGCACAGCAAGUAGAGCAUCGAUUAAUCGUCAAAUUGUCAUCAUGAGGAUGGAAGCUCAGUCAAAGAAACGUCGACCAAUCGCCGAAAUUGCUCGUGAGUUGAUUGAGCUUUUAAACGAGGCUUUACGACAUGAUUCCAAUGUCGAGCAGACCAUGAGGCUGUGGGUGCGACUUGCACCAUUUAUUCCUGUUGAUCUUUCAGAAUCAGAGAGGAAUAUUUUCUUUUGGUGCUCAAGAGAGAAGUCCGAGCGUUCGUACUUGUAUAAGUACAUUGUUGCCUGUUUGCACCUACUUGGAAGAGGCUCUCCCAGUUACAGUGAGGUCAUGAAGAAUGCAAAAGAAGACCUCAACUCGGCAAUUAAAGCCAUCAACCGUGCUGAUAUUGGAAGAUUCCGUCAUCCCGACAGACCCGUGGUGUGGCUAGGGCGUGAAGCAAAAGGAAUGGGAAAUCUGGUCUACCUUGAAGAAAAGAUUACUGACCUCAUUGACGUUAGAAUGAAACGUUUUAUCGACAGUAAACACACCAAGCAGCUUCGCACCCUCUCUGGUCGAAUUGUGGAGACUGGAAAUAAAGUUGGAACAAUCAGGAUAAAUGGAGAGCUAGAUGUGUCUUUUCGUGCUGACCUCUGUGAAACUCCUUUAACAGGAUCGGGCUUUGUGAACAGAAAAGUGCAGUUUUUCUUAGCCUUUAACUUUUUUGGUAUGGAUGCUUACAAUGUACAGCUGAUGCAAGAGAAACACGAUUUUUAGCAGGCAAGUCUAAACGAGUACAAACCAAGGCUAAAGUUCACUUGAAGGUCAUUUUAGAGAUUAAAACGCACUCAAACCAAUCUCGCCAAGACUGUCCUAGGGAACUGAUUAAAGUAACUAUCUGGAACAUGUCAAACUGUCAGAGAGACAGAUUAAACGUUUCGUGAAGCUGGCCAAACAGUAAGGCUGAAUAACUUGUACAGUGAAGAUCAUUACAAACAACAGAAUGGCGACGCAGAUGAAUAAUGUGUGGUAUGCCAUGAACACAUUUGUCAACAUGACCAAAGGAUAGUAACCCAACAAAUCGCACCUUCUUAGUUGGAAGCACUAUGGAGACAGAUAUGUCAGUUACGGCAUCGGCGCUGUUGUGAUGUAACUAAAAAACAAGUAUUAAUAUGAUCGUUGGAUGUUGUUAAACAUGCCAGGAUGACGGCGUCAAAGAGACAACGUUACACAGACUUGUAUGAUCCUUCCUUCCUCAAAAGAGAAUUAAAAAGCAACAGAAAGCCAGCAGAGUUGAUUCAGGGGCCUUAAUCACCCUAACCCAGUCCUUUACCACUUUGUCACCCUAACCCAGCCUUAGCAAACUUCUGUAUCAUAGGAAAAUUGUACUGGAAAAAGACCAUUCUUUGUAUGGUAUGCAUUCCAAUGGUUGUCCAUGCAAUAGUUUAUUUUCAAGAAACCUACCUCAGAUCUGGUCGAGUUAAUUAACAGUUUGAGUUCGAGUUACUUGUCGGCAAUGGCAGAGCAAGGUUCUCAAGAAUGAAAAUUGCUCACGCGAGGAAGACGUAGUCUUGUGAGAUGUCCUUUCUUCCCCUAGAAAGGACAACUCAGUCUGUCCCGGAACAAAUUUUGGAGAGAAUCUGUUGUGUAUUCAACGCCUCCGAGUUCUCGAAAAGAAAGUCUGUACCUCACUCAGCUUACAUUUUGUGUUCUGAACUUUGAAAAACAAAGGAUGAAAUCUAUACGUUUAGCGACGAACAGAAUACUGUUUCCAUCAUUUGUUAUGUCUGCUGAGAGCCUGAUAGGACUUCUGGAGAGAACUUUGAACUUAACAUGGACAUUGUGUCGUUUUUUUCCUUUUAGAUGAGCUGUAUAUUUAAGUUUAAAGCCGCUUUAAAGGGCCCUAGUCGUAAGAUUUCUCGCUUAGGGCUGAAGUGAGCACGAGAGCCAUGUUGUAGAUUAAAUCUGCAUUGAUUUAUUCUUGCAAUCCCCUUAUCAGGUUACUUAUAAAAGUCACUAGUUUAAGAUGAACCUCA